CUUACUCAAGUGGACUUUUAUUUUGAAAGCCGACUGUCGUCAUCACGGACACGUUUCCUUACGUCGCAAUGUCGUAGCCGUUUGACGGUAUGUGGAAAGUAGCGAUGUCGGACGAGGUUGGGAAGGCGCUACGGUCAGUGGUGGAGCGGGUGAGCCAGGCGGCGGCGCGGCGACCCAAGACACUACCAGCUGUGCCACCCCGCCUCGUUGCUGUCAGCAAGACAAAACCCCCAGAGAUGGUCGUGGAAGCCUACAGACACGGGCAGCGUAACUUUGGAGAAAACUAUGUUAAUGAACUUGUCGACAAAGCUUCAGAUCCUCUGAUUUUAGAAUCAUGUCCAGAAAUCAAGUGGCAUUUUAUUGGCCAUCUACAGAAAAACAAUGUCAACAAACUGUUGAGUGUGCCAAACCUGUUCCUCGUGGAGACGGUCGACUCGGUGAAAAUGGCCGACAAGGUCAACAUCUCAUGGCAGCGUAUAAGAGGAGCCAGCACACAGAGGUUAAAGGUCAUGGUGCAGAUCAACACCAGUGGAGAACAGAGUAAACAUGGCCUGCCACCAGAGGAGACGGUGAACACAGUGAAACACAUUGUGUUCCAGUGCUCCGCUCUGCACUUCUCAGGACUCAUGACCAUCGGGCGUUACGGCUACGACCUCACCCUGGGCCCCAACCCGGACUUUCAGAUGCUGCUGAACAGAAGGCAGGAGGUGUGCGACAGUCUGAAGCUACCUCUGGAGGAGGUCGAGCUCAGCAUGGGGAUGUCCACAGAUUUUGAACACGCGAUCGAGGUGGGCUCGACCAACGUGCGAGUGGGCAGCGUCAUAUUCGGCAACAGGGAGUAUCCCAACAGUGCACCAAAUACUCCAAACCCGAGUCCAGCCCCGAGUCCAGCUCACAGUCCUUUCCCCAGUCCGGAGAAGACGUCCAAGACAGUGUCGGAAGAGGCCGCCAAGAAGAUGCAGCACCUCACCGUGUCCGGACACUAAGCAGAGGAGCUUUUACUUCUGUGAAAUACCUUUAAAACGAGAGCAACUUUCACAUGCAGAACGCACUAAGCAGCGAGUCAGUCCCACCGAGGCCGAGUGGAGUUAGGAUCGCAAGGUGUAGCGGCCUAAUCCGCAUUACUUCCAUGUGCCCUCCUCCCUCGCUCUCUUAAGCAUUCAAAAGUGGCAUUCGGUGCUGAGCUAGUUCAACCUUUUCAAAAGUAGUGUUAUUAACAUAUAGUGCUCUGACUUCUUCAUGGAAAUCUCUCCUACAAGAUCACCGGGUACACGACUAAUGUACAGCUACUGCAAAUGUAAAGACUAAUAGAACAUGAUUUCACUGGGGUUAUGAGAUGGCGACAGUUUGUUUGGCUUUGUUGUGCUGAUGUGAUGUUUUCUACCUUUCCAACAUGUGACAGUGUCCCAGAGAUCAGGAACUUCCACACAGUGUUUUUGUUGUAACAGGUGAAACAGACUCAAUUUAAUCAUUUAUCUCUUUAUAAUGACACAUCCUUAUUGUGUGAUUGAUAUCGUUUCGUACGGUGUGCAAAACAUGUCAGAUCUCUAUUCUUGAUAUUAACAAAUCGAAGAGUAAAAGUGAAGAGGGUGUUGUGUUUUUGUGUAACUGUGUUGUGCCCGUGUUGUGGCGUGCCACACUGUUGAAAUGAGAGUUAACCUAUGCAAAGCGGGGAACACGUUUCAACGUGUGUUUUAACGUAGACUUUUACGCUCCAGCUGUGAUGGUGUCGCCGUGGUUUCGGCAAAGACGUCUCAAGGUUAGUGUGUUUUUCUGUCUCCCAUCAGAAGUGCGUCCGUAGUCCGAUUCAAUGAACUCGUAGUUAGACACGCUCAUUAUCUUCACAAGGCAUAUCAGCGUUGUUUGGUUUGGAGUCUGACUGAGUGAAGCCAAAGCCAAGCAAUAAAUGUUCCUGAAAAGAAUCUGCCAUCUGCUGUGUGUUUCUUCUAGUUGGGACAAAUAGGAGGCAGACAGUAGUUUGGCCAGAGUUUCUUUAUUAAGCACAAGGACUGGACCACAGUAAAAACUGGAAUAGUCUGAGUGAACAACUUGGAAACAAACGUAGUUCCCCAGCUCAGUGCAUGUCAAGAAUUUCACUCAAAUCUAAAGUUUGCCUGGGAAAAACUACCCUAGUUAAAAAUGACUCACUAUAUCCCUUUCUAACGAUGAUAACCUCCAUUAUGAAUCUGAAUCAAUGGAAUUUGCCAAAGUAUUAAAAUGCUGUCUGGAAAUAGCUCAUAACCGUUCCUAAAGCUCAGCAAUAAAGACAGGCUCAAUAAAUAAGUUCUGAUGAAAGAAAAAAACCUUGUUAAAGACUUAAAUCCACAGAGAAGGUGUUAGAACAUGAGCCGGACAGUCAGUAAACAGCACUUGAUAUUUACAACACAAAGUAUAUUUCUGUUAUAAACAGAUGAGUAUCACAAACUAUCUAGGGGCCGAGCUGUCAGAAUGAACUCUGGCUAGAAACCAAAUGCAGUCUGCAGGAGGUGGAUGGUGACAUUUCAGUUUGACCCCCUGGUUUCACAUUUCUCAGCACUUAACUGUUACUGGCACAGUAAUCUAGUUUUAACCAGAUAUGUGUUUAUCUGUGUGUUUUUAUCUCCUGUAAAGCAU